UGUUUGUUUGCUGUGACAAAAUUUACUGUUCACUGAGUUUCUUUCAGCACACGGUACGUUUCAGCGAGUCGCUCCUGCUCUGAGGAUGGCCCUACUCAAUUAUCCAGUUCCAGAGUUGGACGUCACUCUAAAAGAAGCGAGCCGUGUUCUUCAGCUCAUUCUGAGCCCCGAGGAGUAUGUCCACUACAGGAAUGCACUCUCCCAGCAGACCGAGGCUCUUCAGGAGACCCAGGAACGGCUGAAGUCCAUCGCCUCUGGCCAAGAGAACUGGGUGACCGAUCAAUUCAAGAAGCGCUUGCUAUCCUGUUAUGACCCCCUGCCCACCUCUACGGCUAUUCCCUCAGUCCUACCUCCAUCCAAGGCUAAGGGAGAGUAUGCACAGCUGGAAAGGGCCUCCACUCUGCUAUGGGCUGCAGCCAAGCUGUACAGUGAGCCUGGGCUAAUCGAGGGUGAUGUGCCAACAGAGCGCACACAACAGUCUGAGGUCUUUGCUGCCAGUCGCUUACCAGGCAAGAGCCAAGAUCAGAUAAAAGUGUAUCCUGACAGCCUCCAUGCCAUUGUGACCUGCAGAGGGGGUGUGUUUCCCAUUCAAAUUUUGAGGAACCCAAGUGCAGGAGGCACUGUCUCACCAUUGCCUCUUCAUGACAUCUACGCUCAGUUGGCCCAUGUGAUGAGUCUGCCGGCUGCACAGCCUGCACAAGACCCAUCCAACAUCUGUGGACUAUCUGCUCUUCAUCGCCAGACCUGGCACUCUAUCAGGGAGGAGAUUCUGAAGGGUGGUGGUGAGGCAGCAGAAUCAAUCGGGGUGAUGGAGGGUGCUAUUCUGGGACUGUCACUGGAAGACUGCCCUGCACCAGCCGAUCUGGCUGAUAUCCUCAAUGCUGUCCGUUUGGGAGGAGCUGAUGGACAGUGCCUGAGGUAUUAUGACAAGGUGGUAAACAUGGUGGUGUUCAAAGACAGCACGGCAGGCAUGGUGUUUGAACACUGUGCCCUGGAUGGGAUGGUGGCUGGUCUGGUUGUUGAAAGUGUGUGGCGCCUUUCAGAGUCUCAAAACGUAGAGCAUAUGAAGACCCAGACACUGAUAAACGGGUCAGAUGUUGCUUCCUCACACCCAAAAGCUCUGAAAUUUACACUGGAAGGUGUGAAGAACCUAAGUCCUCGUCUUAGUAGCCAGCCACAAGCAAGUAACCCUGUCAUCACAUUUGAGGUUUCAUCCUAUCCAGAUGUUUUCACAACUCUAAGAGGUCAUAGAGGUCUAUAUGAUGCAUGGAUCAAUUUCACAUUGCAGCUCUCCCUGAAGCAAGCCCUUGGGGAAUCAGCUGCUCGCAACAUCAUGGUGACUCCUACUCAUAUGAGGCACUACAAACAUGGCCGCUGUGAUCCAACAUACUCAAUCACAAUGCAGUCUCACAAACUUGUUACAGCGCUGGGAUCCUGCAUUGGGCCAGACAACGUUCCUCGCUACACUACAGAGCUCUUUCGACAGUUCCAUCUGGCAUUCUUAGAGCACAAAAAUCUUAUCAAAGCAACAAAGAAUGGUCAUGGUGUAGGGCCUCAUUUAGCUGUCUUGCGCAGGGGUAUGUCUCAAGACAACCCUCUCAAGAAAUACCUAGAUCUUUUUGGAUGCCCAUCCAUCUACCUCACUGGCUCAGAUUUAAUGGAAGGUGUGGAAUGUGCUGUGGGCAAUGUAUAUGCUACUGACCAGCUUGCUGUCACUUACCUGGGAAAGAAGGACAAAGUCCGUCUGGUGCUAAACGGAAAGGGCACCUUUGCCAGCAUUUUAGGAAAACUUAAACAGUGUCUGGAACUAAACCUAAAGCUUGUAAUGCUCCUGGCAGUAAGGUACGCGAUAGCUGGGCAGAUGGGAGCCAUUGAGUGCCUACUGCAAAAAGAGGAAGGGUCAGUAAAUGGCACUGCAGCAGAAGAUUUCAGCCAAGUUGUAGCUCCAAAAGAAGGAAAGAAAGUCAAGCAGAAAGGACCCACAGGCUCUGCCCAUGUAGAAAAGCCAGCCUACACCAUUGUCAUUCAUGGUGGAGCUGGGGAAGAAAUGAUGCUGAGCCAUAAGGUGGUUGAGGUUGUUGAAUUUGCCCUACAGACAGCGCUGACAUUGGGUGCACAAGUGUUAAGCCAUGGAGGCAGCAGUUUGGAUGCAGUGCAGCGAAGUGUGGCUGCUUUAGAAGACUGUUUCUUAUUCAAUGCGGGUAAAGGCUCUGUAUACAAUCACAAUGGCCACCAUGAGAUGGAGGCUACCAUUGUGGAUGGACACAGCAAAAAUUCUGGAUCCGUGGCUUGCAUGCGUAGCGCAAAAAAUCCAGUGAAAGCUGCCCGGCAAGUGAUGGAAAAAAGUGUACACUCACUACUGACAGGAGAUGGAGCUGAGGAGUUCCUAGACAGUCUCCAAGAUAAGGAGAAACCAAUGGAUGCAGAGUACUUUCACACUGAUGUCAGAUACAAGGAGCUGGCCCUGAAGCUUAGUGGCAGAAAGAACAAUCAUCCUCAAACAGUAGGAGCAGUUGCUCUGGAUUGCUGGGGCAAACUUGCAGCAGCCACAUCUACUGGGGGGUUAGUAGGCAAGUGGAAAGGUAGAGUUGGUGACACUGCAAUUGUUGGAGCAGGAAUAUAUGCUGAUUCAAAACUUGCUGUGACAUGCUCAGGAGAUGGUGAUGCAUUCUUACGCGAGACAGUUGCUCAUAAAGUGGCUAGUCUCUACAACCUCAAAGGCUACAGCUUGGCACAGGCUUGUCGGGAAGUGAUUUAUGAGGAUCUAGGCGGAAAAUGUGCUGGAAUCAUCGCAAUUGACCACAAAGGCAAAGCUGUGGUUGAAACUAACGCUGGAGUGAUGUUUGUUGGUUCCAUGGUGAAUGGAGUUGCUCGAGCUGAAGUCUUCAGACCCAUGAUUAGCUUUGCAAAUGUGGUCUGGGAAACUGACGAAUUUGUAGCCUAUUUGCACCCUGAACCCUGGACUCCAGGAACCACAAUUCUCACUCGAAAGGCCUUAAAUGGGCCAUGUAGCAUCUUUCAGUUAACUGUGCCUGAAUUUGUGGCAAUGUUGCUUGGGGCACAAACAGUUGCUAAUUUACUUUGUGAGAAACUUGAUGUGUACCGUUGUGCCUUGGUGUUCAUGCCCCAGCAAGACAAACCUGCUCACAUCAAAAUCUUGCCUAUUCAUGGACUCAAACCCAACUGGGAGCCUCAUCUUGCCCUUGAAGAGGACUUCCACAUACAUGACCCUGGUUAUUGCAGUUCCAAGAGUGGCCCACGUUGUGAAGAUGCUCACCUAGACCAGGUCCAGGCAAAGAUCCGGGCUUGCCUUCCAACUGCCAAUGCUCCUUCCUGCUAUGACUUCCAUGGAGAUCCUUCCCAUGAUGGUCUUUUUUCACGCAUUGUGAGAGGAGAGGAGCAGCAGUGGCGAGUCUGGGAGGACAACGAACAUGUAGCCUUUUUGACACCAUUCCCCAACACACCUGGCUUAACAGUUCUCGUGCCAAGAAAACCACUUACAAGUGACAUCUUCCGUCUGAAAAAGAGUGACUACACAGCCCUCAUCUUGGCCACACGGAAGGUGGCUCAACUUCUGCAAGAAGGGAUGGGUGCUCGAGGAGUGGCUUUAAUAUUUGAGGGAUUUGAAAUUGACUAUGCACAUGCCAAGUUGAUCCCACUUGUCACAAAGCCUGGGGAAGCGCCCCCGUCAAUGCCUUCUCCUCAGUUCUGCCCAACCUACCCUGGAUAUGUUACUUCAGCAGAUGGUCCUCCAGCAUCUGCAGAGGUUCUUAAUGACAUCCACACCAACAUCACAAAGACCAUUGCUCCUCGCUCUUGGGAACAUCCCCAAAGCCACUCCACACUAGCGAUAAAGAGCCAGUGGUACCGCAACCUCUUUCAGAUUCAAAACACUCUGUUCCACAGCACAGUGGAGUAUUUCAACAACAAAUGCAAGUACGCUUAUGCUCUGACGCCCAUCACAACUGACACGAUUUCCUCACCAAUGGGUCUGGGGUCAGACUCAGAGCCUGUGUUCGUCAACAUGCUAGGCCAGGACGUGUACUUGGCUGACUCCAUGCAGUUUGUGCUCGAAUACUUCCUGCGGUUCCAGGAUGGACUUCCUGGGGCAUAUUAUGUGUCUCCCAGUUUCCGAGGCGAGGAUCCUGAUGCAACCCAUCUCAACCAGUUCUACCAUAUUGAGUGUGAGCUACUUGGUGACAUGGAUGAGGCUAUUAGUAUAGCAGAAGGCUUUGUGGCCCACCUGACUCACACAAUGUUAAAGAAUCACUCUAAGAUCAUCCUGAGCACAGCAGGAACACUGUCCCAUGUACAAGAUAUGAUUAAGCGACUGGAGGAUCCCCUUCCAAGAGUGACCCUGGACCAAGCUAUUACGAUGUUGCCCUCUCCUGACUGUCUUGAAUGGGUACAGGAGGGGCAGCCACAGUUUGGUAGAAAGUUAACUCGCAAAGGAGAAAGAACCCUGAUAGAACAGUAUGGUGGUGCUGUUUGGUUGACAGAAAUGGAUCACCUCAGUGUGCCCUUCUACCAAGCGUAUGUUGAAGGCUCUGGCAGAACCAAAGCAAAGGCUGCUGAUCUCCUCUUUGGGUUGGGGGAGACAGUGGGGCUGGGGGAAAGACACCCCAACCCUGAAAUGGUGCAAGAGGCCCUACGACACCAUGCUGUACCAGAGGAAUCGUAUAAAUGGUACAUGAACAUGAGACAGGUCAUACCUUUGACUACAAGUGGAUGGGGCAUGGGCACAGAAAGGUUCCUCUGUUGGCUGCUACAGCAUGGUGAUGUCAGAGACAUGCAGAUCAUUCCCAGGAUGAAGGCAAAGAAAUACAUGCCUUAAAGCAAAGACUUUUCUCUCUUUGAACAAAACAAAACAUUACGAAGAACAUGAAACAUUCUGGGCUGGUUUCCCAGGCCAGGCUAAGAAUGAUUCUUGAUUAAAUAGAAUUUCCAAUGCAACGCCAGCUUAAAUUUUUUGGUUAGUAAAAUGUCACGGUUUACCAUCUUAGAAUGCUCAAUCUUCUUUUUCCAUCCAGUUUUCUGGAUGUACUUUCAACUUUAUUAUGUCACAUGUUUUCAGAAAGUUUCUGAAACAUUAUUUCUAUACUGUUACAGGUUACUCUUUUUGCUACCUUUUGAAAACGUUGACAAACAUUCGUAAAAUGUGGUCUGUUAGCUGGCAAUGCAAUUCAGUCCAAUUCUAGCUCAAUACAUGUCCAGAAUACUCUUACACCUCUUGGUGUAGUUUUAAUUUUAAAAAUCUAUAGCUUAACAUUUAGAGUGAAAGUGAAAAUGAUUUGACUUCAUAUAUUGUAGUUGUCAGAGAAAUCAUGAAGCAGGUAUUCUUUUUUUUUAUUCAAUCUUAAUAUACAGUAUGUAUUGCAUUUUAUGUUUGUCACAUUAUGUUGUUGUGAGCACAUCAUGAUUAAAUCUGAAAUAAUGUGGCAUUGUUUGUAGUCUGGGUUUAGCCCAGGUUAACUGGCUCACAGGUGUAAGAACAUGUUUGUUUAUAUAUAUAUAUAUAUAUAUAUAUAUAUCCUAUACAUUUUACAUUUUCUUUCCAGAAAAUAUCAAUAAAGAAUACACAUUAUAACCAUAAAAAUGCCUCUUUCCUCAGUUGAGAGCAGCUUGUCUCAGUUGGUAGCUGGUAUAUGGGGUGUCUUUAAUCAAAUUCAUUCAAAGUAGUGACUUCUCAUCCAACCAAGCACAGGAUGACAUUCAUAAGAAGCAUUUUAAACAGUGUGGAGACAAUGUAUUAGUAAUAUUUAGUACAUUAGAUGUUUUUACUGCACAGUAACAUGUUUUAUUAUUACAUUAAUCACCACUGGAAUGGCAGAGAGGGAAAAACGACACGAUGCUACAGCUAGACAACUGUCAUAUUUGCUGCACUGUAUCUUUCAGACUGUAUAAAACUAGAAUACUAAUAUAAACUAAUUCAAUCUAAUCUCUAAAUUCCACCACAUUACAUUCAACGACAGGCACAAAGCACAUGAUUCAUCAUUCCACAUCAGUUAUUGAGGUCUGUGUUUAAUAUAACAGAUAGAUAACGCAAACACAGAGAACCAAGUCAGCCUAAUGAUGUUCCUGUGACCAGGACACUCACUCUACCACAGAAUGAAACCUUGUGACAAUGCUUGAGCUCUAAAUUACCGCAGAUUGGGAGGAGGCUGUUGAGAAAACAGACUCUCUUUAUCACUGUGCUUCAGCUCCAGAGCUGCAUCGGCCUGCAAUAGCAUCAAGGCAAUGUUCAGGAAUGUUCAUGCCUGUCUAU